AUGGACGGGUCUCAGGGCCAAGUUGGCCAGCCAAUGGGUGCCCCGCAGCAGCCACAGCACUCAAACCUCAUUCGAACCGAUCAAGUGCAGAAGUUGCCGCACCUCAGUGACCAGCAGAAGGCCCAGCAUACCCAGCUCGUGCGCAGCCUCUGGGAUCUGCUCAACACCCGCGAUCCACAGACCCACGAAUACCAACAGGCGCAUACGAAGCUCUCGCAGCUGUCCCAGAACUUGAUGAAGGGAAUGCGGGUUUUCCAGCAGAACCGACAGCAGGCAAUGCAGCAGCACCAGCAGCAGCAGCAGGCAGCGGCGCAGGGACAGCCAGGACAACAGCCACAGCAAGGACAGCAGACGCAGCCGGUACAACAGGCUCCUCAGGGUACCCAGGGACCACAGGGACAGCCGGUCCAGCGAACGCAAUCCAACAACCCACAGACGAUCAAUCAGCUCAUCCCUCAAAUUCAAGCCCGGGUUAGCGCGCUCAAUUUCUUCCUGCCUCCGAACGUGACCCCCGAGCAGGUACAGACAUGGAUACCCGAGGCUCGGUUGCGAUAUGGUAUCGCUCUCCAGAAGCAGGAGGUUGGACGGGCGCGUAUGGCUGAACUUCGUUCGUCAUAUGGUCAGCGGCAGGCUCAGGGUAAUAUGAGCCAAGAGGAAAUGCAGGAAUUCAAAAACCGACAGUUGGCGGCUGAAAAGCUCUUCCGAGAGGGUAGCGAGUUCUUGAACAAGUUCAAGGAACAGCAAGAAAGCUUCAAGAUUCAGUCGCAGCAAAACCCACAGAAUCAAGCGAUGAACCAGGCUGGACAGGGAAAUACGCCUGUUAAUAUGAACCAACCUCCAGUCGCAACUCCCGCGUCAACUCAAGGUGUACCAAAUUCCCAGGCAGGAGCGGCAGCAAAUGCCAUGCAAUCAGGGCAACCUCAACCCCCAGCUCCCCAUACCAUCAACUCAGCGGUCAACGCAGCACGCCAAACUGCCAUGUCCCCUUCUACCUCUCAGCCUGGACAACCACCUUCCGCCCAAUCUGCUGGAAACACUCCAGUCCCAAUCAGCGCACCACUGCCUCAGCUGCAACGUCCACAGCCAACAUCCCAGCAAGGAACUCCAGGAGGGCAAGUAACUUUUAGCCAAAACCCCCAUCCUGACGGUUCCACCCCUACACCACCAGGGCCUCCCCAACAGGUGAACCAAGGCCCGCCUCGUCCUCUCUCACACCAAGCUGCUAUCUCACAAGCCGCACAAACUUAUACCAACCCCACCCCUCAACAGCAAACAAUGAACCAGCAGGCAGCCAACCAGCAGGCUCACCCCCAGGGUUAUCUUGCCAACCGUCCAGGCGAGACUUCUACCCGCAACACUAACAUGGCAAUCCCCAAGAACCUGCACGUCUCAACCCCCGAGCCCGUCUCAAUGCCAGGCUCUCGUCCCUCUCUGUCCGGCGGGCCCAGCCACGGCGCCAUGGGUAUGAUGGGUCAACCUGCGAUCCAGAAACACCCGGGCUACGUCCUGGAAGGUGAAGGCCAACGCGUUCUGAGCAAGAAGAUGCUUGACAUCCUCGUGCGCCAGGUCACCGGUGGCGGCGAAGGAGAAAUGCUGACUCCAGAUGCGGAAGAGUUCAUCCUCCAAAUGGCCGACGACUUCGUCGACGAAGUCGUCACCCAAGCCUGUCGUCUUGCCAAGCUGCGCCCUUCCUCGACCCUCGAGCUGCGCGAUAUCCAGCUUGUCCUCGAGCGCAACUACAAUAUGCGUAUCUCCGGCUUCUCUACCGAUGACCUCCGCACCGUCAAGAAGCCCCAGCCUACCCAGGGCUGGACUCAGAAGAUGUCGGCUAUCCAGGCUGCCAAGGUCACUCAGGGCAAGAACGAGUAA